AUGACUUAUUUAGGAUUUAAAUUAUAUUAUGAUUAGAAUAAAUUUUAAGAAGCAAUUAAAUUAUUAGAUGCUGCAAUAUUAAUUAAUCCGUAUCAUGUCAAUUCAUUAAGUAUAAAAUGUAUGAAAACAUAUCAAAAUUUAUUAGCUAAAUGUUUAUGCAGCCUUAAAAACUAUUAAGAGGCAAUAGUAUGGGCUGAUAAAGCGUUGUCUAUAGAUUCAAGGAAUCUUAAUUCAUUAACUACAAAAAGUAUAACAAUUAAGAUAAAUAUUAGAUUAUUGUUUAAGAAUGAUGUCAAAUUAUUAAGAAGCAAUUAUAUGGGUCGAUAAAACUUUGCUUAUAAAUUUUAGGCAUGUAAAUUCAUUAAGUACAAAAGGUAUAUACAUCUUAUAUAAAUAUAUUAGCUGAAUGCUUAAAAAUGCUUGGUCACUACAAAGAUGCUAUCAUAUGGGCUGAUAAAACUUUGACUUUAGAUUCACAUAAUGUAAGUUCAUUAAAUACAAAAGGUAUGUGCAUCUGAUAUAUAAAGCUGAAUGCUUAAGAAUGCUUGGUGAAUACAAAAAUGCUAUUAUAUGGGCUGAUAAAACUUUGACAAUAGAUUCUAAGAAUGUAAGUUCUUUAAAGACAAAAAGUAUGUAAACUUAAUAAAUAUAUUAGCUGAAUGCUUAAAAAUGCUUGGUGAAUACAAAGAUGCUAUUAUAUGGGCUGAUAAAACUUUGACUUUAGAUUCACAGAAUGUAAGUUCAUUAAGUACAAAAGGUAUGUGUGUGUAUCUUAUAUUUAAAUAUAUUAGCUUUAUGUUUAAGAAGGCUUGGUAAUUAUAAAGAUGCUAUUAUAUGGGCUGAUAAAGCGUUAUCUUUAGAUUAAAAUGAUGUCAAUUCAUUAUAUACAAAAGGUUAUUUAAUAUUUUUAGAAUAGGGGCAUCAUUAAGAAGAUUAAGUAAAUUUGACGAGGCUCUUUAGAGUUUUAAUUAAGUAUUGAAUUUUAAUCCAUAUCAUGAUUAAUCUCUAGCUGAAAAAGGUUUAAAUAUUAUAAUUAUUUAUAGGAGCCUGCUUACAAUCUUAACAUAAAUAUUCAGAUGCCAUUACUUAUUAUAAUUAGGCUAUUUUAAUUAAUCCAAAUUUUUAAUCAGCAAAAAAUUUUAGAGGUAAUUUUCAUUAAUUUAAAUAGCUUAAUGUGAGAAACUACUCAUGUCAAAAUAAUAAAUUAAAUGA